AUGGAAGCCGGUUUUAUACCGGUCGGCGCCAGCGGCAACGCUAACAGUAAUGCGUUGCUGCCCGCAGUGGUGGCGCCACCGGCGAAUGUUAUCCGUGCGCCAAGUCUCAAGCGCGGAAAGAUGGAAGAGGCCAUUUCAGACCGGAUCAAGUUGGAGACCGUGCUCGGGUUGACAGUCAGCAGCAACGCGGCUCUAGAUUGCGAUCCCAAUACUGAAGUUGUCGCCUAUCCAGCAGGAUGCACGGUGGUGUUGUACAACGUUCGAAAGAAUCGGCAGUCGCACGUUUUAAACGCGUCGCGCAAAAGCGUCACAUGCGUCGCAUUUUCGCCGGACGGACGGUACCUAGCGACCGGCGAGUGCGGACAUGCGCCCGCAGUGCGAGUGUGGGAUCUGCAGGAUCCGACAGCGUCGGGAGCAGUGCAGAUAGCUGAGUUCCCUGGGCAUACACAUGGAGUCAACUGCGUUGCUUUUUCUACAUCAGCGAAAUAUCUAGUCUCGGUUGGUUCUCAACAUGACAUGAUUGUUAAUGUUUGGGAUUGGCGGGCCAACCUCAAGCUUGCAAGCAAUAAGGUUUCAUCUCGUGUUAAGGCUGUUAGUUUCUCUGAAAGUGGCAAUUACUUUGUAACAGUGGGCUUCAGGCAUGUUAAAUUCUGGUACUUGGAAUACUCUAGAAAUGCUAAGUUCAAGGAGCCAGUGCCCCUCAUGGGCCGGUCCGCGAUACUGGGCGAGCAGAAGGACAACGAGUUCUGCGACGUGGUGUGCGGGCGUGGCGACGCGGCCGACAGCACGUACGCGAUCACUCGCGGAGGUCUGCUCUGCGAGUUCAACAGCAGGCGCCUGCUCGACAAGUGGGUCGAGUUGCGAACAACGUCGGCGAACUGCAUGGCAAUCGGCGCUAACUACAUAUUCGUGGGAUGUGCGGAGGGAAUAGUGCGGUGCUUCGCGCCGGACUCCCUGCGGUACAUCACCACGUUGCCGCGCACACAUUACCUCGGCGUCGACGUUGCUCAAGGAGUUAAUAUUAAUCAUAUGUUUACACAGCCAACGAAUGCGCAUUACCCAGACGCGAUCGCGCUUACUUACGACGAACGCAACCACAAGCUCACCUGCGUUUACAACGACCAUAGCCUCUAUGUGUGGGACGUGCGCGAUAUCAAGCGAGUGGGUAAAUCCCACUCGGCGCUGUACCACUCGGCGUGCAUCUGGGGCGUGGACAUGGUGAGCUCCGGCGACGGCGCGCUGGCGCCCGGCAGCUUCCUCACCUGCUCCAGCGACGACACCGUGCGCGUCUGGAACCUCAAGCCCGCCGGCCCCAACAUAUACAGCAACGAGCUGAAUAAAAUUGUAUACAUCGAUCCUGAGUUGAAGUUCCUGAAGGAUGUGGACCUGACUGCCACCAGUGAUAAAGACAAGUCGAAAACGUAUGAUGACAAGAUUGGUGUGAGGUGCGUGCGCGUGUCGCCGUGCGGGCGGCACGUGGCGGCGGGCGACCGCGCGGGCAACGUGUGGGUGCACGCGGCGGACGGCGCGCCGCUGCACACGCUGGAGGCGCACGACGCCGAGGUGCUGUGCCUGGAGUACGCGGCGCGCCCGCGCCUGCUCGCCUCCGCCUCGCGCGACCGCCUCGUGCACGUCUUCCUCGUCGACCGGGGCUACCAAAUCCUGCAGACAUUAGACGAACACUCAUCGUCUAUUACGGCGGUGCGCUUCCUCAGCUCUAGCUCCGGGUUGCAGAUGGUGUCCUGUGGGGCUGACAAGACCAUACUCUUUAGGCAACUCAAAACUACACAAGAUGGCAGUUAUCAAUUCGCUCGUGGACAGAAUGUCUCCGGUCGGACAACGCUCUACGAUAUGGAAGUAGAUGCGGGCGGGCGACAUAUUCUUACCGCUUGUCAGGAUCGCAAUGUUAGAGUGUACAGCGCAGCCCACGGAAGACAUACGAAAACCUUUAGAGGUACGACGGCUGAAGAUGGAACACUUAUUAAGGUUGCGUUGGAUAAUAGUGGUAUUUACCUAGCUACCUCAAGCACGGACAAGAUUCUCAGCGUUUAUGAUUAUUACUCGGGUGAAUGUAUGGCUACCAUGUACGGACAUUCGGAGAUAGUCACAGGACUGAAGUUCACUCCGGACUGCCAACAUUUGGUAUCUGCAAGUGGCGACGGUUGCAUAUUUGUCUGGCGAGUCCCUCACGAUAUGGUUGUUACAAUGAGGGCCAGGUUGGCACAGCAAGCUAUACGACAGGGCAGGAAGGUGGCGCCCUCAACGAAUGGCGCUUCUGGUCUAGAUAGCGAGACGGACUCGCAGUUUGGAUCGCCACCACGUGAGCUGGGUGAUACGAACAAGUUUGGUACACCAGUUGUUGCCGAUUACACGUUAAGAAUCGGCAAACUGCCGUCGUGGGCCAAGAAGAGUUUGGGCGACGAGCUGGCGGCGCCGGAGGCCCCGCCCUCCCCCGCCGCGCCCCCGCCCGCGCCCGCGCCGCCCGCGCGCGGCAAGUGGGCCGCCAGGAUACAGCCCGCGCCCGAGAAACGAGUAGACUCAGAUGGAUCAAAAGACAGUUCGUUAGAUAGUGGUACAGACACAAGGUAUAUUGAAAAGAGAAGAGAUCAGAGUUUGAAACAGAGGCCGAAAUCGCUCAACUUGUCACAGCUGCCACGUGUGGAGGCUCUAUUUCGUCAUUUUGACGCCACUAUGAAAACCACAUACGACAUAUUGACAAUCUCUCCAAGAGUCGAGAAGGUAACGUUAAAUAUGUCGAAAGUUCGUACGACUGAAGGCCGUACGCGGCAUCACACCGACGACUCCUCCCUCGGCAGUUUUAAAUAUGAGGACCAAGAGUCGACGGAACACGACGGUGAUAUUGAAGACAUAUCGGAUGGCGAGAGGACAUCAUCCUCUGAAAGAGGCAACAGGCCCACUUAUUAUCCUGGAAACAAUGAUGAUGAGACACCUGGCGAGUUCAUGGUGAACGCGAUGGACGCGGAGGAGUUGCGGCAGUCGGUGAGGCGCGCCAAGCGCUGGGGCGGCGGCGGGGGCGGCGGGGGUAGCGGCGGCGGGGGCGACGCGCCGCGCCUGCAGCUGCCGCGCGCGCCCGCGCCCGACCUCAGCGGCUCCGGGCACGACUCCGACGACGACGAGGUGUCGACGCCAUCAGGUGACAACGCAGACCGUAACCCGUUGUCGGGUUCGUGUGAAUCCAUAGACACGGCCGGGCGUCGCGAAAAGUACCUCAAGUCUGCCUUCGAUAGCCUCAGUGGUGUUGAGCUGGAUUCCACGCUCACUGGAGGCAAUAACUCGUUGUCGGCUCAACACUUAUCUCGCGCGCCGACUUCGCGCGACCCAGAAGCAGUCCGUCGCCGCGAAGAGUUGCAGAGGCGGAUCCUGGAGACAAGGCGCCAGUUAGAGAAUGUGGCUUUUCGGUCGAAUCUCAAAUCGAGCCAGUCCACUACGGACUUGUCCUAUAUACCAGAAAAGGACAAUUCCCGUCGGAACAGGCCUGUCUCGAUGGCAGUGCCGAGCAAUUCUAGGCCGUAUGGAGUCCCUAAUCUCCCCUUUCACCCUGAGGAGAAUUUAGAUAGUUUAAACUUUUUUGAUAGUCUGAAUCCCUAUCAGAAUAUGAACCUAGACUAUCGCAACAAGAACCCUUACGCCAUUCCUGCAAACCUCAAUCACAAAAUGAUGCCGGAAUAUUUAGAAAAUAUAGCUCCGUAUAUACCGCCCCAUGCUGGAAUGGUACCAAAUCAGAAUGAUAAGAGAAACACUAACUACAUGCCUUAUAACAAGAAACCGAUGGUUUUUAAAGAACAAUUGCCUCAGAAACAACAACCUCAGGCUUUUACGAUAGAUAUGGGCAAGAAACCAGUACAAUCUAAGGUCUUCAGUAGAUUAUUUCCUGUCAAUCCUAAUGAGGAAAAAGAACCACCGCCUAAAAUUCCACCGCGUAGUUUCCAUUUAAAUUUGUCCGAAAAACCUCAACCAAAACUACCCAAGCCUAAUUCUCGAAGUAUAUUUAAGAAUUACAAAUCUUGCCCUGUAUCACCUGUAUCCGAAGAAUGUAAAUGGGCGGAUAAAGUUGUUCAAAAUAAUCAAAAUCAAGGUAAUACUAAACCUCAAGUUCCCCCUCCAGAUCCGAAAAAACGUAAUUCUCUAAGUUUUUUUGUUGGAUUCGAUAACAGAGUUAAAGAAAGUGGUAAAAGUAUAGUAGACACUAUAAAGAGUGAUACUGAAAAAAUGAUAGCAGAAAUAACAAAAAAGUACGGUGACUUAGAUGAGUAUGACCCCAAUAAUCAGGGAGAUUUAGACCUGCAACCCACAAAGGAAGGCGAAGAAAAAGAUGAUGGUAACUUCUCUUCAGAUUCACUAGAAGAUUGCAGUCUGAGUCAAGAUGUAAGUUGUAAGAAUAAAUUAUAUUCAAAGAAGAUAUGUAAGAAACAUACAAAAACCGCAAUCAUGCCGCGCCGCGCUAUAUCGAACUACGAAAUAUACGGCGGAACAACGGACAAGCCAACUGUACCGUUUAAGCCGCCUUGUAUAAGUCAGAAAAGUUCGACUCUACCCAGAAAUAUGCCUUCGAAUAUCGAUGAUGUUAUGGAUGAAAAUUACACUGCAAGUUCCAAAAAUAAUAUGUAUAGAUGCCAAAGUGUUCUGACGAAGAGGUGCAUCACGCGCUCUAACGAAUCGGUUCUGAGCGAUAAUUCAAAUUGUUCCAGCGUGUCAAACGAAAUAUUCUUAAAAUAUGGUAAUGAAGUCGCCUUCCAGCAAGCAAAGUAUGAUAGCCGAUAUAAUUUAAAUGAUUCACAAAACUGUUCAUUCGAGAACUUAAACGAAACUGAUGAACAAUAUCUAGAAAAUCAUAGACACAGUAGUGCAAGUUUCUUUUUGAAUCAGAAGAAGUAUAUGAAAUCGAGUUGCAGCCAAGAGUCAAUGUUAUCAGAUGAAAUGUACUUAGAUAAUGAUAUGCAGCUUUCAAGAACUAAUUGCAACUCGCUGGAAAGCGUUCUUUCUGAUGACUCCGAAUGCACCAAAAGUGCACCUUUAGAAAUGCUCUUUGAAGGGGCUCGAACAUCCAGCCAGUCACGUAACCAAUCUAUUGGAGUACCAAGGAAUAGUAAAAGCUGCUAUGAAUUCGACAACAGUUCCAAAAGUUACGGAUCAAGUCCUAACAAUGUAUCGUACAUGGGAGGUUACAUGUAUAAUAAUUAUUUAGGCGAAAGUAGUUCUAAUUAUAGAGAAACUAUAAUUAAUCCAAAACCACCGAUUCAUAAAGUAUAUGGAUUUGAUGUACCAGCUGGAGAAUUUUCAGGACAUAAAACUGUCACAAGGUCUAAAAGUUUAUACGAUUCUGCUUCAAAACAAGCUCCACCUCCACCUGCUAAAAGUAUUGCAUAUUAUUUUGAUGGGAAUAAUAUACAGCAGUAUGCGAAAGAGAAAAAAGGAGCUGACGAAAUACCACGACUUAAUACCGGUGGUUACAUGGCUAACACGAGUAAGUCAUUACAGCCAAAGUUUGCAGAGAAACAUAAAUAUAAAAGUGAAAUGGAGGGGUGCGAGCAGAAUACUAUGGUUAAGUCAAAAAGUUGCAGUUUUGAGGUGGUAUUAGAACCAGCUUCAAAACCCAAUCCUUUGAAAAAUCUAAUGGAAAAACGUAACUCUCACGUACAGAAAAAUCUUGAGAAGUUUGAGGAGCAAAUACGGAAGAAUAUUCAGACAAAAGUAAACAAGAACCAAUUAAACAAGGAGAAAGCAAAUGCUGCUAAAAAUAAUAAUACUACAAAGAGUUUAGAAAGAGGAUCAGGUUCGAAGAACAAUAAUGUUACGAUGGAAUUUGUUCCACACAAACCACCAAAGCCCAUGAAGCGGACAUCAUCAAUAAAGAUGAAUAAUAGACUAAAAGCAGGGUUGGAUAAAGGUACUCUAAGCUCAUCUAUAUCAUCACAAUAUAAAGCAAAAUUAGAUGGUCUUCAGAAUAAAAAUUAUAGUACAAGUAAAAAUCAAGAGGACACAAAUUCAAACAAACUUGAUGCGACAGAUAAUGCGGAAAAGUCGUUUGAUGUAUUUGUCAAGGAAAAAGAUAUAAAUGAAAAUAAAUCAGAAAUUCAAAUGGACAGUUUAGAGGUGUAUGCAAUGCAGAGAAUGGAACGAAUGGACCAUGUUAGUAUGGAUUCCCUAGACGUCAUUGAUGACAGUCAAAAUGAAUUUUCAAAAGAUUCAUUAGAUUAUUUCUCUGAAGUAGAUAAAAAUAAGAUUUCGGUCAAAUCCACAAAGAAUCAGAUGAAUCGUAGAAUUAUUAAAGUUGAUAUUGAGGCUCCAUGUCAUAGUAGACAAAACAUUGAAGCCAAAGAAAACAUAGCACCAGCAGAAAUAAGCGAUGAGAUAAAAAAAUAUAAAUAUAUAGAACGUAAACUUGAAAUUAUUAACAAAUUAGUUGAAAUGGAGGAAAGAAAGAUAUUACAGGAGAAAAUAUUGAAAGAAUGGAGAAUGAGACCUUUAAAAGCUAACAUUAAUGACGGCAAAGGUGUAGUAAAAGUUUUGUCAAGGAAAUUUGAAAAGUUAGCAACAAAGCAAAAUACUACGUCGAACUUUACUUCGCUUACAUUGGAAGAGGUGGAUACGGAUACUGACACUAAUUCUGAAAAUAAAGAAAUCAAACGUAAUCUUAGCCUCCCUGAUAUACUUGAUUCAGAUCAGAUUGGGGGUCUAGUUACAGUGGAUAUUGAAGUCAGCAAUGAUGCUGGUAACGAAGCUAUUGAAUUAGAUCAUCCUGAAACUCAAUUAAAUAAUACAGUACGUAGUGAAUUAAAAACUGCUCCAAAAACUUUGUCCCAUAGAGUGUAUAAUGAAAUGGUGAUACCAAAAACGGAUGUACAUUUAGACAGUGAAAAUUACGAAUCGUCGACAACAAGCUCAAGUUGCACAAAUUCGCCAAAAAGACUAUCAAUUUAUGGAUUUCACCGGCCUAAAGUUCCGUUGAGGAAAACUAUUCGUUUGCCUGGACCAAGGCUCUGUUUGGAGAAUCAGAUAUACCAAUCACAGUGUAAAAUAAGGCCAGUAUUAGGUACCGGGGGUGCUGUAAGGAAUUCUUGUUUGUCUAGAAAAAUGCCAUUCCAAACUCAAGUCCUGCCGUCGAAAUUUUCACCAGUGCAAGCAAAUCGCACGCAUCUCUCCCCGUCCGACUACGAGGAGGAAACGCCGGGUAUGAGGAGAGCGAUUUCCCUCUCCGACCUCGCCAAGCCCGUACCGGCGCCUAGGACGCCGCAAGCUCCAGCAAAAGCUACGCCCCCAGCGAGUGCAAACUCGAGCAAGUCACCGAGCGGAUUCGUAAGGCCAGCUCCGCGGUACGCUAACAAAUCCUCCAAUAUGACCCGAAGUUCCAGCGUUGGUGUACUAAACCAGAGUGACUCUGAGUCGGACCCUCAACCGUCUCGUCAGCAGUCAACGCGUAAUCAAGGUCUAAUGCGUCCCACAAUCAGUUCUAUGAAUAAAGCAGCUGCUAACACCGCUAGGAGACGUGGCCUCGUCAACUCUUACAGCACUGCGAGCGUAUCGACAGUGGCGCGCGAGGAGUCCAGCUCGGAGGCUGAAGACAGGGCGAGCAACGAGCAGCCAACCGCCGCUCCUCGCCCUAGAGCAGCUUCGGCCGAUAGGGCGCAGAGGAGACUUGGUCGCAGUGGUAGUGAGCGCGAUCUAUCGGCGAAAGCACGUGAAGUGACUGCUCGACUGGCUACCAAUACGAGACAGAGAAGCAAACAGGAGCCACCACCAGCCGAACAGAAUUUGUCCCCAUCUCAGCUCUGUCUGGCGCUGACUGAGCAACUGACCAAAACGGCAGGCAAAGUGGUACAUUUGUACAGAAGACUGCAGAGGGAACCGAAUGCUGCCGCCGAUAUAAGUGGUCUAGAAACAGCCAUACUGGAGACGCAGAAAGUGCUCCGCAGCGCUGUGAUGCGUUCACAAAAUGGGGGCGAAGCCCUGAGUAGUCUCUCGUCGACGGAGGGCGAUUACAGAGGCCUCAACGUGGACUCCACUAGGCAAAAGUUAGAGAACCUUGUUUCCAAAGAAGCGACCGCAGCUGGCAACCCAGCGAUGUCUCUCAUCGAGCAGUACUCCGAUAUCCUGCUUAACAUGAUGCAGAACAAAAUGGUCAAUCAAUUCUCGCAGAGUCCGCAAAGUCUACCGCCGAACACGAGGGAACCCGGCGCGGAGAGCUAG